AUGUCUACUGAAGAUUUUGGUUCCAAAACACAGGCGUUCCUUGAGUGGUUCAAGGCGCUUCCUGGGUCGACGUUUUCUGAACAUAUCGAGAUCACGGACCUUCGAGCAAGAAAUGCAGGCCGCGGUAUAGUGGCUCUGGAGGAUAUCCCAGCUGAUACAGUUCUGUUUACCGUGCCAAGAAAUGGGAUCAUAAACAUGGAGACGUCCGAACUCAAGGAGAAGCUCCCAGACGUCUUCCUCCACCCGGAUGAAGUCAUGGAGGUGGAUGGCAAACCGCAACAGGACCCAUGGAGCUCUCUAAUUCUUGUCAUGAUGUUUGAGUAUUUCAAGGGAGACGGGUCCAAAUGGAAGCCGUACAUGGACGUUCUUCCUACAUCUUUCGAAACACCAAUGUUUUGGACCGAAGCGGAGCUUAAUGAGCUUCAGGCGAGCGCUACGCGGACAAAAGUUGGCAAGACGGAUGCUGAGAAAAUGUUUCAUGCCAAGAUCUUGCCAGUCCUCCGUGCAAACCCCGAAAAAUUUCCAUCCAGCCAGUCUUACAGCGACGAAGACCUUGUCAAGCUGGCUCACCGCAUGGGAAGCACUAUAAUGUCCUACGCAUUCGAUUUCCAGAAUGAGGAUGAGGAAGACGAGGAAGACGAAGAAGAAUGGGUUGAAGAUCGCGAGCCCAAGUCCACAAUGGGUAUGGUGCCGAUGGCUGAUAUACUCAAUGCUGACGCUGAGUAUAAUGCACACGUCAACUAUGGAGAUGACGCUCUUACUGUAACAGCAUUACGAACUAUCAAGGCCGGCGAAGAAAUCUUGAACUACUAUGGUCCUCAUCCCAACUCGGAGCUUCUCCGCCGGUACGGAUACGUAACCCCGAAGCACUCUCGUUAUGACGUUGUUGAGCUUCCAUGGAAAUUGGUUGAGGAGUCUUUAGCGGCAAGCCUGGGCUUGUCAGAAGAACAGUUGGACAAUAAGCGAGAGCACUUGGACAUGGAUGAAAUCGAGGAUACGUUUGUUUUGGACCGAGAAUCAAAUGAGCCUAACCCGGACGGCACGUUUACUGGAUCGGCUAGAUUUAGCGAGAUACCAGAGGAUCUUCGGGAGCAGCUUAAAUUGCUUCUUAAAGCCAUUCGCAAAGCAGAUCCAUCAAGUGUUGUCGACAAGCGGAAACGGGACGAGAUUCAACAUUCCGUACUUUUCAAGGCGCUUGAUGCUCUGGAGUCGCAGUAUCCAACAACUGUUCUAGAUGAUGAACGGGUUCUUUCUGGUAGCGGUAUUAGCGAGCGGCACAGAGCCGCUGUUACCGUGAGGCUAGGGGAAAAACGAUUGAUCCAAGAGGCUAAACUCUACUUGUCAAGCAUUACUUCAGAUGCCACUCCGGAGGAGACGCCGGCAUCAAAUAAGAGGGCCAGACGGGAUUGA